CCCGAAACCCGACGGGGGGUUAAAUUAGACCCAAGCAAACUAGCCGAUGGCAACCCGGUCGCAGUCCAGGUCCGCCCAAGCCGCCCUACCCGCCCAGCGACGAACUCGUGCCGCCGAUCUUUUCUUUCUCCCGCGUCAUCAGAAAAAACCUCGACAAGGGGCCUGGACGGCUCCGUGGAAACCUAAGCGACAGACGAAACGACGUGGCCCGCCUUGAGCCGCUGUCGACGGCAUUGACGGCAUCAGAGACGGGGGCGACAACUCAUGUCGCAGAACAUCUGUCGACCGACGCACUCUCCCCCCUGAACCUAGACCGGCACGGGAGAAACUUCUGCGCGCAUCGCCAAUCGUGCUUCCCGGCGGUCCUGCCAAUGGCCAGCCAGGGGGCGCUGGCUGUGCCAGACCCUCGUCAUGAACACCACGACCAACAGCAGCAGCAGCAACGCGGUGGGUUCCCGCCGCCAACGUCAUCUGUGAUCGCGGCGCGGGGCUCUGGCACCAACGGUGGCGGCAGCGGCACGAAUGUCACGUCGUCCACCGGCGGCGACGAUGACAAGUCCAUCCAGCCCGAGAAAUACACCUUUUACCGCGAGGGAACACCGCCGCCGCCGCCGCUGAGCGAUGAUGACGAUGGCCGCGAUCGAGGAGGCUUUGGCCCUUACGGCCACCACGGGCGGCCAGGGUGGCCCGUCGUCGGGGCGUACGAGUACGACUAUACGUACGACCGCGUCGCUCCGCCAGCGCCGAUACCGGUAGCGACGACAUGUGGCGUCCGACGACGCACCUUUUGGAUUGUGGUCGCUAUCGCUGUCCUCCUCAUCAUCAUCGGCGUGGGAGUCGGCGCGGGCGUCGGCGUCAGCGCUGCGGGGAGCAAAGACAAGGCGUCGCCGACCAGCGUACCUUCUACGACGAGUUCGUCGACGCCCAGCUCCACGGUAACACCCGCAACGACCGCCUCCGCGACGCCGUUGCCAGCCUGCCCGGCCGCCAACAACACCAAGUACACGGUCCCACGGACGAAGGCGACGUUCCUCCGCGUCUGCGGCAUAGACUACAGUGGCGCGGGCCACGCCGUCGAGUUGGGCAGCGUCUGGACGGCGAGCAUGCAGGAGUGCAUGGCCAGCUGCGCGGGCCUGCCCAAGUGUACGGGCUGCAGCUGGGGCGUCAUUGAGGGCGAUGCGGGGAGCGACCACCGGUGCUGGCUCAAGGGAGAGCUGAAGACGAGCACGGCCGUGCGACCGGGUUGGGAUUUUGCAAUUCUGCAGUAAGAGUAGGGAUACCCAAGGGACUGAUGAUGAAGACGUGAUGCGGCUUGUUAUGUGGGGUGGCGGCAGAGUUUCUGUCGUGAUGAAUUGAUGCAUGAUUUGACGACAGGAGAUAUUGUAGAGUAGACCCUAUUCUAAUGUAAUGGCUAUCUUCA